AUGAAUACCAACCAGAACCACCACAAGAGCCAGAGGGUUCUGGCUUGUGUCCUUUGCCAGCAUCGCAAGAUCAAGUGCGACCGGAACACCCCGUGCUCCAACUGCAUCAAGGCAAAUGUCACAUGUACCCCAUCCACACCAGCUCCCGCGCGCAAGAGGAGACGACCAAAUCAGGACCUGCAAGAGAGGUUGGCAAGAUGUGAGGCUCUGCUAAAGCAAUAUGCCACCACCUCGACAACCCCGCCAGCGACCCAAGCAACCCUGUCACCUUCCGCCUUCGCCACGCCCUCAUCGGCUGGCCCGUCACCGAGCAUACCCCAACUGCCCCUGCCCUCGGGCUCGGCUUCAGUCGCUGAGGAUACCUCCCCGCCGACGACGUCCUGGAAGCCUGCCGGCAAAGUCGUAGUCGAGGAUGGCAGUGUCAGGUUCAUGGACAGCUACCUCUGGGCAACUGUUCAUGAUCAGUUGACAGCUAUGCGACAAAUCAUCGAGGCCGAGGAAGAGGAACAGAGCGUUCUCGGUUCCGACGCCUUGACUCCCGACGACAACGUAGAUCUUCUCCUGAACGACAUGACCGCCAUCGACCUCGAAGACGUCACGCCAUCGCCUGUCCAAAUAUUCAGACUCUGGCAGGUCUUCCUGGAGCGGGUCAACCCCAUCACCAAAUUGAUACAUGUGCCUAGUCUGCAACCGCUGGUUGUAGAGGCCGCCGCAAAUCACUCCAGCGUCGCCAACAAUGCGCAAGCGUUGCUCUUUUCCAUCUACCUCGUCGCAUCUCUCACCAUGACCGAGUCGGAAGCGAGGCAAAUGUUGGAUACGUCGAAGGAGGAUGCGCUCAAGAAGUUUACCGCCGGUGUCAAGGCGGCCUUGACCAAGGUCAACUUUCUCAAGAACCAUGACCUGAUGACGCUGCAAGCCUUGAUCCUGUAUCUGGUUCGUCUUCACGAUCGCAUAGGAUCCACCCCCCCUCCAAGGUCCGUCGUUGCUAAACGAGAACAGGUCUCUCUCCAGGGCCGUUACAACCGCCAUGCCGCUUGGGUCCUCAGUGGUAUCCUCAUUCGAAUCGCCCAAAAGAUGGGUCUCCACAGGGACGGAGAGCUUCUCGGCCUCACACCGUACGAUACGGAAAUGCGGCGGAGACUCUGGUGGCAGAUUAUCAUGCUGGACACAAAGUACGCCAUGGUGUCGGGUUUCUGCGACACGCUGCUGCCGUGGAACUGGGACACGCAGACGCCGCAGAACGUGAAUGACGCCGAUUUGUUCCCCGGCUCGACCGAACCCGUUCAACCCCGAGAAGGGCCAACGGAGAUGGCCUUCUGUCUGCUCCUGUACGAAGUUGGCCGCUUCAUCGUCGAGAACCGGAUCCCCGACUUCGAGGCUGUUGUCCUCGGCGCUAUGGAAAACGACAGCGAGGACUCGCAACUGGCGACGCAGACGUCACUGGCGAGGUACCAGAACCUGGUCGACAACCUCGACGCGAAGCUCGUCGCCCUCGAGAAGCGAUACUGCGACCCCCUAGCCGGCAACAUCCACAUUGUCGCGACCAAGAUCCGCUCCAUGAUCAUCGACAAGAUGCGGACCAUGAUGAUACCGAUGCGCGAACUGCCAGAGUGGGGGACCGAGAUUUUCAACGUGCAGGACAACAUGUUUCGGAUAUCUCUGAUGCACCACGAGCACAACGCCGAGCUGUACGACUUCAUGGAAAACACGGGGUUCGUGUGGUUCUUCAAACUGCACUUCCAGAUCGACGUCUUCAUUGUCAUGGCCGGACAGCUAUACAAGAGACCAACCGGCCGGCUGGCGGACCGCGCCUGGAAGGUGGUGGACAGGAUAUAUCAGUACCAUGAGGAGCUGUGGGACAUGUCCAAGAAGGAGAACACCCAGCUGGGCGUCUACAUGCUGAAGGCGUGGAGGGCACGAGAGCGAGCGCUGGUCCAACUGGGCCUGCCCUACGAAACCCCCAUCGCCAUCCCUCGACUCCAGGACACGGUGCCCCAGUCGAGCUCGGAGGCAUCGUCGUGCGGCCCCUCGCCGGCGCAGACACUGAAGAUGGAAAUCCCGCAGAGGCACAACCAGCCGAUGGACCAGUUCCUGGGCAACUUCCUCGACACGACGAAUUUCUACGACCUGGACAUGUGGGCCGACUUGGGCGUCCCCAACGGCAACAUGAACCAGCAAUCCGCCGCAAAUAUGUUUGGACAGUUUGGGAACUUUGGUGCGCCACCAACAAAUAGAGGCUGGUAA